ACACGCGCAAUGAUAGCCGGAAGCAUCGAUGGGAGGAAAAUAAAAAUCGAUUAAAUCCACCUUAAUUCGCGAGUGUAAACCUUUCACUCACUGUUCUUUUCGCGACCGUAAGCUCGAAUUUAUCAGCCUUUUCCACUGCCACUGUGCCGGAGGGGACGGUAGAGAGCAGAGGAGCUGCUCUAUUUGAACGAAGUUGCUCGGUAGGGGUUUAGCUGACGUGUGGAGAAGUUGAGACUGCCAGAGAGCAGAUAAACAAACAUAAACAAGCAGGGAUCAGCUGAGCGCCUGGCCGAACCGAACCAGCAGCACGGAGAGAUGUCAGGGAGAGCGGGUUUCCUCUGUUGAGCCCAAGAAUGAUCCACAGGAGACCGUGACUUACACUGAUACUAGCUCCAUGUCAACUGUCAACACUGGCACACAAAGAAUUUCGGAAGCACAACACGAGGACCAGCCGUAGGCUUUAGCAGAAAACCCACUGCUCCUGUCACUGUCUCUUUGUCAAGACAUAGCCAGGCUAGCAUGGACAACCAAUGAGUUUACCUGCCUGUUUUCAGCUGUAACGAAACGAAUACACAUUACAGUGCAAGGAGACAGAGAAGUGGGAUUAACAUGGCCCACCAGGCAACCCCUAGUUCCCAGAAGGCCCUGAUGAUGGAGCUGAAGUCCCUGCAGGACCAACCCGUGGAGGGCUUCCGCAUCACUCUGGUGGAGGAAUCUGACCUCUACAACUGGGAAGUGGCCAUCUUCGGGCCCCCAAACACCCUGUAUGAGGGAGGCUACUUUAAGGCUCACAUCAAGUUUCCAGUUGACUACCCGUACUCCCCACCAACCUUCCGCUUCCUCACCAAGAUGUGGCACCCCAACAUUUACGAGAAUGGAGAUGUGUGCAUCUCCAUCCUACACCCUCCUGUUGACGACCCUCAGAGCGGGGAGUUGCCCUCUGAAAGGUGGAACCCCACCCAGAACGUCAGGACUAUCUUGCUUAGUGUGAUCUCGCUGCUCAAUGAGCCCAACACGUUCUCUCCAGCCAAUGUGGAUGCCUCUGUCAUGUUUCGCAAAUGGAGGGACAGCAAAGGCAAGGACAAGGAGUACGCAGAGAUUAUCAGGAAGCAGGUGAUGUCAACAGCAGCAGAGGCUGAGCGCGAUGGCGUCAAAGUCCCAACCACAUUGGCGGAGUACUGCGUCCAGACCAGGGUUCCCUCCCAGGACAGCAGUUCAGACCUUCUCUAUGACGACCUCUAUGAUGAUGACAUGGAGGAGGAGGAUGAGGAGGAAGAUGAGAGCGAGAUGGAGUCUGUAGGCGAAGCCGGGGGGAUCAGCGUCGUGGAGGACGGCGGGACGUCCACCAGACGUUACGACAACCAGGACGACUCUGGCAAUGAAGAUUCAUGAUGAUCUGGAUGAUAACUCCUCCCUGCCAACUCCCCCACCACUCUCCUUCUUUUAUGUGUUAUGUUACAAUUUUGUGUGAGAGUGUGUUUGUGUGCGUGUGCGUGGCGCACGUGUGUGCGCUACGUGUGUGUGCGUGUUUGCACAUACAGUGGGGUCAAAAGUCUACUGCCAAAAACUUUUCAUCAUUUAUAAAACUAAUGCUAAUCAUCAGUCAAAUAAUAGUUCUCAAAUGCUAUUACACACAUUAUAAGCAAAUGAUUUUGGUACUGUUUUCACUGAAGGUCAGAUUUGGUGUUUCCACCAUUUGCCUUAAUUACAGCUUGCACUCUGUCCAGCAUGAAAUGUUUUGCAGAGUUUGAGAACUGAAAUUAGUCCAGCACUGAGUCCAGCAUUGAGAGAACUCUGGGGGUGUUUUUAAUGUUGCGUUAUAUUUCACAAUUUCCCAAUGAGGAAGUUAAGUGUCCAUCUUCGGCCACACUGCUUUAAAAACCAGAAAUGAUGGCAUGCUUCUGCAGACAGGGGCAAUUUAGUCUAUGGUCAGUGAGUGAUUAAUCAUGUGCAAGUUGGCAAAACGUCCUCACACCUGAAUAUCUAUUUUAAUUCCUUGUAUUAUUCUCUCAUGCAACCAACUCCUAACAUACUGCACUGUAAGUUGUUUGGUUGUGACCAUGUAGUUGAUUUUUUUUUUUUUAGAGUUUCAAAUUACACUGAAAAGUUUCAGUCUGUGCUAAACCAUUAGGCUUGUUUUACCAUUAAAUAACUGAUUUGGUUACAGUUACACUUUGUUGGUCUUUAAACUGUAGUUUUAUCAGCUGGGGUAGGACCUUUUUGUUGUGCUGGCUUUGUAUCUUGGAUGCAGAUGCAGUUCUGUCUCAUAAAGAUGCUGGCUUUUAUUCCAUGAUGCCAUCUCUAAGUCUGUCUGGUCCCUGUUUGGAUUAAAACGGAGUCCUUUUUUCAUGUUCAGUCAUUAGCAGUAGUAACAGUAAGAAUUAAAAGACAACAAUAAUUAAUAUUGUGUAGGAGCAUAUGUGGUUAGGCAAUAAUUUUAGAAAUCUUGCUAUCACAUAUACCAGUAAUUAGUUAUAAGCAUUUCCAAAGAUAAGAAUUACAUGUAUCAGUUCUAAAUAAUGUAUGCUUUAUCGGAAAACAUAACUUGUUUUAGUUUUUGAUAAAUGAUGAAAACAAACUGUCCUUGUGGUGGUCUCUUGAACCCCCACUGUGGCUGGCUGGCUCUUCGCCUGCUAGCCCAUGUCAGAUUGUGUGGUUUUGUGUUAAAGGACUGGCUCUAUCCACCGUGUCUUUUACUUGUUGCUGUGUUUUUUUAUGUACUUCUCUUGUUUAGUCGGUUGACAUUCUGUCCUCCCUGACUUGUCCCUUGUUUUCUCUGGGAUGGCACAGACAGUCUGGCUAAUGGACACUUUGCUGUUCGGCUCAUUAACCAGAUGAUGAACUGGCCGGCUUGUCUUGUCACUGUCCAUCAGUGUGUCCCGUGGCAGAAUAUCUCUGUCCCUCUCACGCCUGUCUAUUCGACUUUGAUGCAAUCAACUUAAACUUGCAAACACAGGCUCUGCCGUGACUCCAUCUUCUUGGACCCACCUUCAGUAGUGUCCAUCACAACUGCUCUCUCAUGAUUGCUCAAAGCAUCGUCAUCUGUUUGGGGGUGAACAAGGUUAAGACCUUUCUCUCACAUCGCCUCCUACACCUCUCUCUGCCUCUUAAACCUCAGGGCCUCAAUAGACUUUCACUGAGAGAAAAAAAAUAGUCAAAAAGAAACUUAAUACACAAACUGCUCCUCACCUCCAUCUCUUUUUCUUAUUUUCUGCAUCACUGGGUGUUAUCAGAGGGCAGAGAGUGAACUGAAAGUCUCCAAUCCCACCGCCAGCGUGUUUACACGUUACUGAGUGUUGCUGUUGGUCCUGAUUUGGGUCCUCUAAGUUGUUUUCUUCUUGGUAGGCUACAGUCAAAUUUAAAAAAAAAAUCAAAAUACACCUGUAGGGACUCUGUCUUCAAGGCAGUGCUCACAUUAUGUUGCAAUAGAUGUGAAAAUGUUAUGUUUUGCGCUGUGACUCCAGUUCAUGCUUAAAUGCAACUUAGUGAAAAUUGGACGUUGUUGCUGUGCUACACCACAUCCAGAGUCUUUUGAUCGACAGGGACAAAAUCAACAUGCAGCUUAGCUACACAUUUGCAUUUGAAUGAAUAUGACACUGAUUGCCUGUUGUGUGUGCGUGUGUGUGUAUAUCUACAUUUACUAUUCAUCUAUUGACUGCAAUGUCAGGGUUUUCUUGUUCCUGUCUCUGUGGAAUCAGUGCAAAGGUCUGUCACACCAGUGAGUUUCCCCAAAUGACCUUUUGGACUUUGUCCAGUUGAGAAAACAUUCAGUGUGUGUUGCACUGUGUUCAGUGCUGUCUCGCAAGUGGCUGAGGAUUUGACUGAUUUGAAAAAAACACCCUCUGAGUAUUAAACUUCUGAACACACUGAACAGCAGAAUGUGACUAAUAUUACUUGUGCGGCAUCAGUUAAUCCACACAUUUGAGCUGUGUGUUACGGAUGUGAGUAUGAAUGUGUUUCCCUGUUCAACACAGUGGAGCACCGGGGCAAACCUUUGAUUCACAUGGCUGGAUUUUAUGCCAAGGAAACCAAGCACAGCCCCACAACCGCUCAUUUUAAAAACUAUGGAGCAAUGGAUGCAUGUAGUGGAUUUAAUGCUGUUUGAAUAAACUGUUGGUUAGAUACCCUCUGGAUUUUAAUGUGAAGCCAAAGGAGUGAAACAUUGUUCUCCCGGCCCUGUGCUUUGGCGGCUCACAGAGACUGGAUUCUGUUGAGGACGGGGAGAGGAAAUCCACUCGUGAACUGGAUCUUAGAUGGAUUUCAUAUCAAGGCACAACAGGAAGUGGAUAGAUGCCAGAGAUUCUGAACUUUUAUUGAUGUGGUCCCCAUUUUUGCCCCUUUCUUACCAUAUAGAGAAGUAAAAUUAUUGGCAGUGACAUAAAAUACCAAUCUCCUGUGUGCCUGUUAAAGGAUGAGUUUGACAUUUUGGGGAUCUACAUUUAUUUGCUUUCUGGCAUAGAGUUACAUGAGAGUAUCAAUACCACUCUUCAUGUCGGUCUGUUAAAUAUGAAUCUAAGACCAACAGCUGGUUAGCUUAACUUAGCACAAAGAGUGGAAACAGUUAGCCUACCUGUGUCCGGCAGUAACAAAAUCCGCCUGACAGCAGCCCUUAAGCUCAAUGAUUAUCACAUUUUAUCUUUGUUUAAUCUGUACAAAAGCCUUAGUGUAAAACACCCUGUCAUUAUUUUACAGGGGUUAUUUGCCGAACUCUUUCUUGGCUGGGAAUAGUAACUUCCUCAGGUCUCCACAGGUAGCCUAACAACUGCAAGAGCCAAGAAAUAGUCCACCAUAUAAACUGCUGUUAAAAACAACUUUGGUUUUGGUACAGAUUAAACAAACCAGAUGUAACAUAGUAGUGAGCCUGGCAGGCAGAUUUUGGUACCAUAGGACAGACCCAAGUUAGCUGUUUCCACCUUCAUGCUAAGUUAAACUAACCAGCUGCUGGCUGUAGCUACAUAUUUAACAAACAUCAGAGUGGUAUCAAUCUUCUCAUCUAACUCUCUGCCAGAGAGCAAAUGAGCGUAUUUUUCAGUAGCUUCAUAUGUAACAGAUAUACAUGAGAGUGGUAUUAAUCUUUUCAUGUAACUCCCGGAAAAGAAAGCAAUUAAGCGUGAUCCCCAAAAUGCUGAAUUAUUGCUCUAAAGCCAAGUUUUUGCCUCCUAUUGCAAAUUAAAAUCUGAAUCUGCAUUACUGUUUUUGUUAGUGUAAAGUCUAGGCGUAGUGUAGCCCUCAUGAUAGCAAUUUGAUGAUCAUUUUAGAGCUCUUACCCAAUAUUAGAUUUGUCCACUUUUUUACUUAAAUGUAUGCCUUGUUUUUGUAAUGAGCGCAGGUGGAGAAAAGUUAAGGAGGCCUUUUGAGGGAAGAGGGCCACCAACUAUUAUUAUCUCUGAGGGAUGAAAGUUCCAAACUCCAAACUCACCCUAAGAAAUGACUCACAAAAAAUGACCGCAGUCUAAGAUGUUGAGAUGUUAUUCCAUACGCACUGUUACAUACAAAAGACUGAAUGAAAUCAUCUAGUUCAUUUAAUCUGUGUGUGAGCAUGUGUGUGCACAAGUGUGUAUUUUUUGAAGUGUGGGUCAGCACUGUGAGGUCCUCCUGAGGCCUUCACAUAGUCACACAUUUAAUGGACUGAAUUGUCCACAAUUCUACCACGUGUCCACUCCUAUUGAUGUUAAUGCUGUCCUUGUUGGUUUCUUCUUUGAUUUUAUUUCAUUUUUUUCCUCAACAUUUUGUGUUUGUGAGGAUGCAAAUGUCACUCAUAAAGUUUCUAUUGUUAAAAAAAAAAAAAAAAAAAAAGCAUUGUUGGAUUUGUUUGCAAUAUAGCUUUGAUAUCUGUUGCUAAGCC